AUGUCUUCGGUAUUGCUACCAGAAGUUCCAGCUCCAGGAUUUUCUUUCGAUUUGUGUAAAAGAAAUGAAUUGCUGGCUAGUAAAGGAUAUGCUGCACCGAAAGCCCAAAAAACCGAAAUGAUAGCAAGUCAAUUAGAAUUGCAUCGUUUAAACACAGGACGUGUACCAAGAGUUGUAACAGCUAACAGAAUGUUGAAGCAACAUCUGUUCCGUCAUCAAGGACACAUUGGUGCUGCUUUAGUUUUAGGAGGUGUUGAUAUUGAUGGUCCUCAUCUUUAUGCCAUCUUUCCUCAUGGUUCUAGUGAAAAUUACAUGUUUACUACCAUGGGAUCAGGAUCUUUGGCAGCAAUGGCUGUUUUUGAAAGCCGAUGGAAACCUGGAUUAACUGAAGAAGAGGGCAAAGAAUUGGUAGCAGAUGCGAUCCGUGCUGGUGUCUUCAACGAUUUGGGAUCAGGUUCAAACGUCGACGUUUGUGUUAUCCGCAACAACCAAGUACGUGGUCCAGUUUUUGACUCUCGUAGCGUUGAUUACAUUCGUCCGUAUGACGUUGCUAAUGAAAAAGGUAAACGUCAAGGAUCUUAUCGCUAUAAACGAGGUACUACAGCUGUUCUUGAUAAAUCAGUGCGCCCAAUUGUUAUUGAGCAUGAGGCUGUGCGUAAAAUUGAAUUAGAAUCAAUGGAUACAUCCUCUUAA